CAGUAAGUACUGUCGUCUGCUGCUGCUGAAGAAGAUGGUUGAAAUGUUUUGAUCUGAUCACUGCCAGUUUGCGUAGAAAAUAACAGUUGAAUAUUAAUAUUUAUUGAGGAAAGAGGAGAGAACUGUGAAUUAUGAAGAAAAACUUUGAGAUACCAAAACUUGCCAAUAUGGAGCAAAGCGAUUUUAGGAAAUUUGAAGAGGAUGCAAGAUCAGGGGAUAUUGAGCAAUACUUUACCAAGACCCAGAUGGCCAGUUUAUCUGAUUAUGAGAAGUUGAGAUACAGAAAUAUGAAAAAGAAUUAUGAAAUGAUGGUUAAAAUGGGUCUGCCUGCACAGAAGCCAGAGUUUAUGAAGAAACAAAUUAAAAACCCAUCAACCAAACAAACUGAUUUUGCUUCCAAAGACGAAUGGAAACCAAGCUCUUCCAAAAAGAAUAUAGCCCAGAAACCAACAUUUAUGCAGAGGUCAAAGAAGAAAAGGAGAGUCAAACAUACAGAUGAUUCAGAUUCAGAUGAAGAAUGGAGACCAAGUUCAGAAAAAGCAAAGAAAUCGGCAAAUCCACCAGUAUUUAAAUUAUUGAAGAAAACCAGGAAAGCAAAGUCUGAAAAGAUGGAACAGACAUGUGCAGAAGAAAAAUCCAGGAAAUCAGAUGAAGAAAACGAAGAAGUACACCGAUAUCCACAGAGACAGCUACCUAGAACUAACUACAUGUAUCUAGAAGUACCUGAUGAUGAUGAAUUCAUUUAUUGUGAAGAUUGUGAAAGAGAAUAUGAAGGAGACUGUCCUGUUCACCCAUGUAUUCAUAUAUAUGAUUCUAAGAGCACAACUAAAAGUGAAGAAAGGGCAAUGGAAACAAUACCAGAGGGACUGUCCGUCAGAGAAUCUAGAAUACCCAACGCUGGACUUGGUGUGUUUGCAGAAAAAACUUUUCAACAGAGAAGUAGAUUUGGACCAUACCAAGGAGAAGUAACUACUGAUCCAGAUAAGGCCCACUCCACAGGUUAUGCUUGGCAGAUCUAUACUGAUGGAACCACCAGUCAUUAUAUAGAUGCUAAUAACAAGACCAAGUCUAACUGGAUGAGAUAUGUUAACUGUGCCAGAAACGAAGAUGAACAAAAUCUAAUAGCAUACCAAUACAAAGGACAAAUAUUUUACAGAAGUUUUAAAGAUAUAGCAAAAGGGACAGAAUUACUGGUAUGGUAUGGUCAAGACUAUGGGAAGGAUCUUGGCAUUGAUAGAGUGGAUAUAAAAUCCUUACUGAAGCCAAGAUACAUCAAUGGAGAAGUUAUAUAUGGAUGUCCUCUGUGUAAGAUGUGCUUCAAUAGUGGUCGUUUUAUGUCAAACCAUCUGAAAUAUCGUCAUAGUACCAAAUUGGAAUGGAUGCUAAAUGAUGAAUUGAAGGGAGAAAAGUCUAGAUUACAUCAUACAAUUUCACAUAGAAAAGAGGAAAAUAUUAGAAAAACAUUCAUAUCUUCUAAAAAACUUGACACAUUGUUAAAAGAAGAACUCCCAAAUCUCACAGGAGAUCCAUUGUAUAGUUGUUAUAAAUGCAGUAAAGGCUGUUCAUCUAGGCAAGACUUAGAGAUACAUAUGAAAUGUCACACACAAACUUUUACAUGUAAAUUGUGUUCACAACAGUGCAGUAGUGAUAUACAACUAGAUAUACACAUGAAAACACACACUGGAGAUAAACCUUAUAAAUGUGAUGUAUGUGGUAAUGGGUUUAAUGUGAAUUGUAACUUACAGAUACACAUGAGAACUCACACUGGAGAUAAACCUUAUAAAUGUGAUGUAUGUGGGAAAGGGUUUAGUGCGAAUUGUAACUUACAGAUACACAUGAGAACACACACUGGAGAUAAACCUUAUAAAUGUGAUAUAUGUGGUAAAGGGUUUAAUGUGAGUCAUCAUUUACAGGGACACAUGAGAACACACACUGGAGAUAAACCUUAUAAAUGCGAUGUAUGUGGUAAAGGGUUUAGUGUGAGUAGUAGCUUACAGAGACACAUGAGAACACACACAGGAGAUAAACCUUAUAAAUGUGAUGUAUGUGAUAAAGGGUUUAGUGACACGGGUAACUUACAGAAACACAUGAGAACACACACUGGAGAUAAACCUUAUAAAUGUGAUGUAUGUGGUAAAGGGUUUAGUGUGAGUAGUAGCUUACAGACACACAUGAGAACACACACAGGAGAUAAACCUUAUAAAUGUGAUGUAUGUGGUAAAGGGUUUAGUGAUUUUGGUAACUCACAGGUACACAUGAGAAAACACACUGGAGAUAAACCUUAUAAAUGUGAUAUAUGUGGUAAAGGGUUCAGUCAGAAUGGUGACUUACAGAAACAUAUGAGAACACACACUGGAGAUAAACCUUAUAAAUGUGAUGUAUGCGGUAAAGCAUUUAGUGACAGCAUUGCCUAUAGAAGACACAAAAGAACACAUGUACACACUGGAGAUAAACCUUGUAUAUAAAUGUGAUGUAUGUGGUAAAGGGUUUAGCCAGAUCAGUAGUAGCAUAAAGGGACACAUACUGGUGAUCAACCUAAUAAAUAAACAUUGUAUAACAUGUAUAAUUUGAAGGGUUUUCAAUCAGCUUGUAGAUAUAUACUGUAAAU